AUGAACCAUUCUCGCAUCUUUCCGGCUCUGCGACAAUCUGCGACACGAACGCGGCCCUCUUGGCGAGUACCGAUCCGAAACUCCAGCACCACACCCAAUGCCCGGACCCAAUCAUCGCGGUGGCCGCGCCAUCUAAUAUAUGCAGGAAUAUUUGGAGCUCUUGGCGUAGGUGCAGGGAAAUGGAUGGACGAUAAGAUCUCAGCGCCACCAGCCCCAGGGUCUGUAGUGGACCGAAUCGAACUUCAGGAAGUCCAACGCGUGUUCGACAUUGGCCUGCCUAUCGUACAGGAGCUGCGCCGGGAACCGGAUUAUGUGGAGAAGGACGUCUACGAGAACUUCUCGGAGGACCAUAAGGAACACCGCCUGACUUCUGGCCCUUUGGCUGGCAGCAGAGGUCUAGGAUUACAGAAAGUAUUCUGGAACGACAAGGAGAAGAAAAUCGUUAGCGUGGUCUUCCUUGGGCCUGGCCUGGAGGGCUGGCCAACGAUGGUUCAUGGCGGCGCACUGGGUACGGUCAUCGAUGAGAACUUGGGACGAGUUGCUAUUCGGCACUUCCCAGCGCGAACUGGUGUUACAGCCAAUCUCAACCUCAACUACCGCGCCCCGGUCUACUCGGACAAUUUCUAUACCCUGCAUACAACACUAGACCAGGAACGGAGCACUGACCGUAAGGCCUAUGCCAAGUGUGAAGUCCGCGAUAUGGCAGGUCGACUCUGUGUUGAGGCAACUGGUCUUUUCGUUGUUCCUAAGAAGCUGCAGCUCGCUAAAGUCGGGGACCACUUUUGA